CGUGCGACAGGGGCUUUAAUAAGAUACGUAUUAGUAAAGAACGAGAUAUAUUGGCAAUAUCGGUUGAUUUAUGUUUACUUAAGGUGUACAAGUGCAUUCUUACUUUUCAUACAGAACAAAUUGAAAAGAAUAUAUUUGGCAGUGUGACACGCUAAUUAAAACUAAAAUUUAAUGUUGCAACCGAUAAGAUUGCUGCAUAAGUCUGGAUGUAUAGGACGAAAGUGCAAAUAAAACAUUAAAAGUGUGAAACAGAUACAGAUUGCUUAAAAGAGUGAUUAUUUUCUACGCGUCCGUGUGCUUUUCAUAUUUUUUUAGCUUAAACCUCCAUUCCAAAAAGGUGUUUAUUUUUGGAUAUUUGCGUUAACCACUGGUUACGUCAGGUGGUGACGUAACGAAUACGUGAUGACGUCAAUAGGCGUAGGACCGAGCCUGAUCGUACGGCAGGAUGACGAGUCUUCCACUGGAACGGCCACUCCGAAGGAUUUCCGACAAUACUCGUCAAUCAGUCGGGAAGUUACGGACAUCUCUCUGGGCGAACCUCAGCCUAGUUUUCUCCAAUCAGUUCCAGAAGAGGCCGAAAUUCAAACGGAAAGGCGCGUGCAAAUUGAGAUAAUGGAUGAUUCCGGAAGACACUCGGAAAUGAACGAACUAGAUCGUGCAAAAUCGGUUCAUUCCGGGACCCGAAUGCCACAGACUGUGAGUAGGGCAAAACUUGUACGCACUCCGGCGAAUAAAGACGAUCACGCUUCUGCGCCUUUUCCGGAACAUUCCGAAAAUGAACGAGAGAUACACGAACCGAAUAUUCUAAUUACUGAGUUAAAGGAUUAUCCACCGGAGUAUGUCGAAGGUGACGAAGAGGAUGAAGAGGAGUCAGACGUGGAGCCGGAAUACAAACAGGUUACCGUGGAAACGAUGAACGCCGAGGAAGAUUGGGAUACAGACUUAGAAAUUGAAGACGAGGUAAUGAAAGAAGUCCGGAAUCAUGAUCCGACGGGGCGGAGCUACUACGACAAAGUGUGCAACAGGAUGGGCCUGGUUCCCGUCUCCUACCUCAAGCGACACAUAACAGAUCCUGAAAUCACUAUGCGCUUCCACGGACUGGGCCCAGCAGCGACUAAAGCCAUCGCGCUUGUUCUGAGGGACAACAUCACACUGGAAAAAUUGAACCUCCAGGGCAACUGGAUCGAGGGUGACGGGGGACUGGCAAUGGCCCGGAUGCUCGAGGACAAUGACUACAUUACAGAAAUUAAUCUCUCGGACAAUAAACUCGGGUCAAUCGGCGCCAAGUGUAUGUGUAAAAUGUUGUCAGUCAACGCUGGACUACGCGUGCUUGAUCUCUCAGGAAACAACUUCGAUGAUCAAGACGCAAUUACCUUUGCAGACUGUUUAGUGGAGGGUACCAAAUAUUUGAAAGAGUUAAAUUUAUCAAGAAACCAUUUCGGGUCCCACGCAGGGGAAGUUCUUGGUCCUGCCAUAAGUGCAAACGAUAUUCUUGAGGUUCUGGAUUUAAGCUGGAACCAUAUACGCGGGAAAGGUGCAAUAGCCGUCGCCAAGGGCAUUGGGGAAAACGUUCGUCUCAAGUCUUGUAACAUAAGCUGGAACGGGUUCGGCCCCGAGGGUGGGGCGGCGAUUGGGGAAGCGAUGGCCUCUAAUAGCGCCCUUCUCGAGCUGGAUGUUGCUGGAAACCGACUGACCGCCGACACCGCCAUCAAGAUGACGCGCAUGAUCUCUGCAAAUGACAACAUUAGGACGCUCAAAAUUGGGAACAACAUUCUUACUACUGCGGGAGCUAUAGCUAUGGCCACAGCCCUUAACAACGCUGAAAGCAGCGAACUAAAUGAAUUGGAUCUUACGGAUGUUCCAAUUGAGUUCGAAUUUCUACGCAUUUUCGAGGAUAUCAAGUCAAAGAAGCCCAACUUCAAGUUAAUACAUGGCCCAAUUCUGAGCUCCGGAAACACAGCUGACGAUCUUGGAAAACCGGCGGUUCAUCCUUACAAACGAAAGGAGCCGGUACUCAUUCUCGACCAACAUAUUAUCGUAAACGACAUGCGACUCCUUGAUAUCCUGAAGAAGUAUGAUCCACAAGGCGGGUUCACUGUAACACCUGAGGAAUUUGUUAAAGCUGUUGAGGACCUGGCUGUUCCGUUUAACAAGCCUAAACUAGAAACUGCCUGCGUCAAAUUGGCCGCCGAUCAGGCCGGCAGAAUAUACUUCGGAGACUUUAUUAAACAGCAACAAGACCAAAUAAAAAACUCGGGAGGAGACGACGAAGAAAACGGCGAAAGAUUCGAACAGUGACCUUUAACUUCUAUAUCAACCCACUUGCUAGGACGUUCUAGUUCAUUGAGCGACUGGUCAACCUGAAUAUUUCUAUCAACAUUAUGCUCAACGUCGACUUCUCAUCCAGGCGAAGACAUUAACGUGUGCAGCCGGUCAGGUUUCAAAUGGUUGUGAUUUGUCUACAGUUCUUAAGCUUAAAUUCAUAAGAAAUUGUCUGACCUCAUCAAAAUGCUGAACAUAAAUUGGGCUUAUACGUAUCAUUUUGAACUACACAGUCGGAGACAUAGGCAUAUACACAGGAGUAAAUGUACGACUUAACUCAUUUAUCACUUGCGUGUAGAUGUCGCCAUGUAGUAGAGUGAAAUUAUUAAAUAACUGUGUUCAACUUAAAUCUCGUUAUAUGGACAAUGACAGACUGUGUCAAAAUGCUAAAGCCAAGUUUGGCAUAACGUGUGUGUUUGCAAAUCCUGCUAAGUCCUGCCUACCGCGUGUGUGCAAAUCAUACCAAGAUUGGCAUACAUUUGUAUGCAAAUUAUGCCAUACCGUGUGUGUGCAAAUCAUAUCAAGAUUGGCAUACGUGCGUGUGCAAGUCCUCCGAUGUUUGGCAUACAAUGUCUUUGCAAAUCAUACCAAUUUUAGCAUAACCGUUAACGUGUGUGUGCGCACUUCAUACCGAGUUUUGGCAUCACGGCGUCUGUGUGCAAAUCAGACUAGCGAUAUAGAUCCAUUCUGUAAUUUAUUCCGUGUUAUGCAUGCGCACAUUGCUCAUUUUCACAUAUGUUGAACUCGUAUAAUUAUGUGUAUUCUUAAUUUAUUGUUUCAUUAUUAAAACAUUCUCAUGGACAAUAAGCUUAUUAAAAAUGAUGUAUU